AUGCGGCUGGAGGUCGAGCCCCGCCGUCCCGGAGCGGCCAUGCAGCUGCUGCCGCUGCUCGCCUGGGCUCUGCUGCCAGGCUGCUGGGCAGUGACGGGGCCGGACGAAGUGCGGGGAUUCCUGCGGGGGUCCCUCAGAGUGACCUGUAAGUACCGGCCCGGCCGGGAGAUGCAGCCGAAAUUCUGGUGUGUCCCGGGAACACUUUUCACCUGUGAUGAAGACAUCGUCAUUACCUCGAGGCAGCAGCCCGUGGUGCGGCAGGGCCGAUUCUCCAUCCGGGACAAUCGUGAAUCUCGAGAGAUCACGGUGAUCGUUCACAACCUGACCAAGGGGGACAGCGGCACCCACCUCUGCGGGGUGCGAACGGGCAAAGCCUCGGUUGAUCUGAGUCACAGUGUGGAGGUGAUCGUGUCCCCAGCUCCUCUUCCUUCUUCCCCAGCAUCACCCUAUGCCUCGACCACCAAGCAUGCUCAUCUCACUUCCUCUGUAUCAGUUCCCACACAGAUAACACCCCGAGGGAAAGCUGUGCAACCAGGACCAAAUCAUUCCUACCACGACGGCUCCAACCCUGCACGCUUGAAUGUGGUUGAGCACAUCCUCAUUCCAGGCAUCGUGGUGGUUCUUCUUUUGCUUCUAAUUGCUGUUGGAGUUCUGGUUAUGCUGUCCAGGAAGAGGAAGAAGGCCCUCUUGGGAGCAGCUAUGGAGAUGGACAGGACUCGCAGCACAUCACAGGCAGGAGCAGAUGCCUUGAACUACUCGGUCAUUAACCACAGCACCCGCACAGCGGGGAACCAGCUGUACAGCAACGCCGAGGCUCUCCGCAGCCUGAAAAACACCACGACCGAGUACAUGGAGGUCAGGCACAGCUAUCAGUGUUUGGAAGACGAAAAAGAGACUUUAUAUGCCAGAGUACAGAAGCCCCGGCCGGAGCAGAAGGAGAUCUAUGCCAAUCUGCCAUCAGCCAGAGAAGAGCCCUACAGCACAGGGCAGGGGGUGUGAACCAGCCCCCAGCUGCUCCAGCAGGGCCAGCAGGACACAGGCUGGUUUUCUGCUCCAGCAGGAAGGAGCUGCCUCCACAGCAGAGCUGCUGCUUUCACGGGCUUCGACAUUUUCUUGAAAAAACCUCAAGAGAGGAUGAGGUUGAGCAGGAGGUUUGGAGAGGGAUGAGACUGAAAUCACCCCUCUGCAU